AUGUUAAAGGAGUACAAAGCUGUAUUUGGUCCGAAACCAGAAGAGAAGUUCACAGUUAUUGAACUGGAAACAUAUGAAAGGGCUGCCGAGCUCAUGAGAGGAGGACCUUGCAAAGAAUUGUUUAAGGUUAUGGGAGAUUGCACAGAAGAGAAUGGAUUUGGUAGCAAAAAGUGUGGGGAACAUGCUUUGAAGGUGUUCGAUUGUAUGUGUUCUCAUCCUGAUUACCAUCACCGGAUGCUCGCGGUGAUGAAAUCUAUCGAAGAACAUGUAGUGAAAGAGCACGGUGCGUAUGUUGCGAGGAAACAAGCUUUUAGGGAUGAUGCAUUGUCUGUGAGGAACCAAGCUUUCAGGGAUGAAUUAAGAAGAUUUAGGUGA